UAGUGCGGUAUUUGUGGUAAACCAAAGGAUUCAAAGGAAGGGCGCUGGCUGAAAAACAAUAUUAAUCUAUUUUUUGGAUGCAGCGUUGGACAGAUAUAAUUUAUUCUUUGUAUUUUAAUUGAACGAGAACAAAAGAGAUGAAAUUCCCAAUAGAGAACCCAAGAAAGCAAGUGAACUGGGAACAAGAGCAAGUGGCGGUUCAAAUGAACAUGGUUCCUCCAAAGAAGCCCCAGCCUGGGGUGGCCCAGUCCAGCUUGGUGCAGGCCAGUUUGGCUACCAUGCAGAACCCCAUGGGCUGUGAACCCAGGCCUAAUGGGCACUGCCCGCUCCCCAGGCUGUCCGUGUCCUCCCGCUCCGCGGUGGUGGCUAGCAUGGACAGCACCAGCUCCGCGCUCCUCACCGUCAUGAAGUGGAAGACUGUGCUGGGCGUCUUCGUGGUGGUGCUGGUGUACCUGAUCAUCGGAGGCCUGGUGUUCCAGGCCCUGGAGCAGCCGUUCGAGAGCAAGAGGAAGGACAACAUUACGCAGGAGAAAGCAGACUUCCUGCAGAGGCACACGUGCAUCACCCCCGCUGAGCUGGACGAGCUCAUAAAGCAUGCUGUAAAUGCUGCCAGCGCGGGCGUAAGCCCCAUCGACCAGACGUCAUACAACUCCAGUUACUGGGAUCUCGGAAGUGCCUUUUUCUUCGCCGGCACGGUGAUCACCACGAUAGGGUAUGGAAACAUCGCUCCCAGCACCGAGGGGGGAAAGAUCUUCUGCAUCCUGUACGCCAUAUUCGGCAUUCCUCUCUUCGGCUUUCUCUUGGCGGGCGUUGGCGAUCAGCUUGGAACCAUUUUUGUAAAGAGCAUUGCGAAGGUUGAGAAGAUGUUUCGGCAAAAACAUAGGCAAGUCAGCCAGACAAAGAUCAGGGUGAUAUCCACCAUCCUCUUCAUUUUGGCUGGGUGCAUAGUCUUCGUCACCAUCCCCGCCUUCAUCUUCAAGGGCAUUGAGGGUUGGACAGCCCUGGAGGCCAUCUACUUUGUGGUGAUCACCCUCACGACUAUUGGCAUUGGAGACUAUGUAGCAGGCGGUGAUCAGAAGAAAGAAUAUGGGGAAUGGUACAAGCCGUUGGUGUGGUUCUGGAUUUUGGUGGGCCUUGCUUAUUUUGCCGCUGUGCUCAGCAUGAUCGGAGACUGGCUGAGAGUUCUUUCCAAGAAAACAAAAGAGGAGGUCGGGGAGAUAAAGGCCCACGCGGCAGAGUGGAAGGCCAACGUUCGGGCGGAGUUCCGGGAGACGCGGCGGAGGCUCAGCGUGGAGAUCCACGACAAGCUUCAGCGGGCGGCCACCAUCCGGAGCAUGGAGCGCCGCCGCCUGGGCCUGGAGCAGCGAGCGCACUCCCUGGACAUGCUCUCCCCGGAGAAACGGGCCGUCUUCUCCAGCCUGGACACCGGCCGCUUCAAGACCACCUCGCAGGAGAGCAUCGAGAUCAAGCUGAACAACCUGCGGCUGAAGGUGGAGGAGCGCGAGGAGCGGGAGAAACGCGAGCAGGCCUCCUCCUCCGAGGACAACAUCUUCAACCGCUUCGGCUCGCUCACCAAGCUGGCCAAGCGCGGCCGGACCAAGGAGCUGAAGAAGAACAUUCCGGAGGACAUCCGCAAGAUGUACGACACCUGCGGCUGCAACGCCGCCGAGGAGGAGAAGAAGAAGGAGGAGGACGAGGAGGACGAGGAGGAGGAAAGGGAAGAGAAAGAGUGCAACACCAGUUUGUCGAAUUUAGCCCAGUGUCUGGAGAGCUCAAGGCUAACGAACGGGUUCAUACCGUUCGAAACCAAAGAGGACGAGAACGAAAACGCACUUGAAGAAACGCAAGAGCAGACCCAGAUGAGCCCCUAGAUUGGGCGUAUGACCUGUUGAAAGGUUUUUUUUUAAGUCUCAAAAUGUGCCUUUAUGUUUUGUAUGCUUAAAUGUGGAACAGACUAUGGUCUGCUGUCUGCUUAUUAAGUACUCACUGUGCCCUUCUAAAUGAAGUUUUGUCUGCCAAAAACCUACUGAAAAAGGUUGAAUUACUCAAGUUGGAAGUUAUGUUAUUGUCUGCCAAAAUGUCACAUGACUACUAUUGUAACGAGAGACUGUUUUUACGAGGUUGAGAGAAGCAAUGGAGAAUGUGUAGGACUGUAGGCUUUCCAGCCAAAUAUAUUGGCAGGAUGAAGCUGAAGAUUGCACAUUUACUCAACCUUCCAAAAGGAUUUUCUUUCUUACUAUCAAGUCAAUGUUUAUCCUUUAACAUAGUGUAACAUGGAGUCAUUGUGAAACGAGAAGAGAUGCAGAAAACUAAUGACUUAAUGACACAGAAAAGUAAUGUUUUUUUAAAAAACUGAAAAUUACUUUUAAAAAAAUUGCUGCGCAUAUUUAGUCUAGAUUGAAGACUGAAAACACUGAACACCCAGAACUUCAACUGAAAACAACAACAAAAACAAAAACUACGAUACUUUUACUGUGCGUUGUCUUUAAGGAAAAUUGCUGUAUUAAUAUAUUCCAAAGCUGUCCAGUUCAUGAUCGCAAGUGACAUCUCAGGGCUCGUUGUCAGGUGGUUGUUGUUCAUAUACACUUGUCUGAAUGAUGCUGCAUUCACACUGUAAACAAGGAUUGCAUUGGCAGAAUAUGGACGAAUGGAACAUAAGCCAUAUUGCAAAAAAAACAAAAAAAAACAAAGCUGAGUAGUUUCCAUCUAAUCAUAAUAAAACACUUUUUAUGUUUAAAAUAUGUCAAAGCAAGAAGAACACAUUUUGGAAUGCAAAUCUCAAAGCAGUGACUGUUAUAUAAUAAUCUUAUAUGACUGUUUUACUGAAACCUGGCUCGUACCCUCAGUCAGGAUGGUAAUAUUUGAGGUUUUGCAUAUAGACAGAUAUCAACAGUCAGACUGCUUCUUUGGAUAUAGUUUUUCAUGAUGUUGCUAGUCCCCUGAUUGGAAUUGACUGACAGUGUAUGUCUCAGGAUAGGUGGGUGAUGAGUGAUUUGAUUCGCUAGAGAGCACUGAGUAUGUAACGGGUAGGUGGUGUCUUGUGUAAGUGUUUGAUUUGUGUUUGAGAAUUCCUUCCCCGUAAUGCACCUGUGCAAUUAUUUAAUGGCCCUCCAUCACAGAUGUGGGUAUUUGUUAUUGAGCCAGCUAUAUUGAAACCAAGAGGGAUUCACCACACAAAGGGUUUUAUAGUUUCUAUACGUAUGUAGACAAUAUGAAACCAAAAUGUUAUAUCAUCAUGAUAUGUUGGAUGCUGACUUCUUCUCAACAGAAAAUGCUCCGUUUUCAUUUAAUGAUAACAUUUCAUACUGUAUAUGUCCAAGACGGAUACAUUUUACUCUAUCAGAGUUCAUUUAGCCAUGUUGCUUAGCUCUACACCCUAAUCUAUUUGCAUCUUCUACCGACUCAUUCUGUAAUGCGCACCAUUAUCAGCUGUACACGUGCAUGGUAUAGUCAUCUCCUCACCACAGUCAUCCCACACAAUAAACCCUGUGAGCCAGUCAGUGUGUUCUUACUUCCAUUAAGUCUAGGCUAAGCAUCUCAAAAAUAGAUUUGCUGCUAGAUUUGUAUAACACAUAAUUACAUAAAGAUCGUUUUUUAAAUUAAUGAACUGAAAAUGUGUGACCCAUUAAGUUGUUGAUGGUUAAAAAAAAUAUCUGUAAGUGAUCACUUCUGCACUAUGCUAAAUUCUUAGCUAACGUCUCUCUCUCUCUCUCUCUCUCUCUCUCUCUCUCUCUCUCUCUCUCU